AUGAUAAUUUUGGUCUGUUCCUAUCUCAGCAGAAUGGCUCAUGGCGAUCAUCAAAAUGAUGACGAUGAUUUCAUGGAUCCACCACAGCAUAAUCGGAAGAAGAAACAUAUUCACAACAGAGCCUCUCAAGAACGACUGACUAUGUUGACUGACAGAUUUACCGACGAUCUUAAAGGAGCUGCCGCUGAGAUCGGCAUGCAGGCUCUGAUGAACGUCCGGUGCAUGAAUCUUGUCAACCCUGUAUGCGACUGGCUUGGUGAGAUUUACGACCCCGCCUCCAGGGAGUUUGUGAUUCCGGGACAUGGAAGACUACCGUUGAACGAGGAAUCCGUGUUCUGCACUUUGGGUGUGCCUCGUGGACAGAUGGAAGUCCCGUACGAGGUCAAUAACGAGAUCGAGCAAGCGCUAUUCCCCUGUUUGUUUCCUGGGUUGGAAUCCAUGCCAAACACGUCUGUACUGGCAAAGCUGAAAGAUGUGAAGGACAUGAACUGGUGUAAGUUCAUAGCCGACUUCCUGCACGAUGCAUUCUCAAGCAAGAUGUACCAAAAGGGUUGUCGACUGCAUUUAAUGCUCAUGUACGUCGACUGUCUUGAUCUGUCCACCGUGGAUUUCACUGGGAUAGGAGGCCCGCCUCCUACGCACAAGUUUGCUGUUUGUGCAUGGACUAUCAACGCUGUCAAGGCUGUGCUUGCCGCAGACAGGGUAACUGAUACCAAGUAUGGAAAACUACAGCUGAUGGCCAAGCAUGCUAUAGACUACAACGUGUUUGGGGGGCCUCAGAACUUUGGAAAGUGGAUGGACAUGCACUCAGCUCUGUCUUGCCCGACUGAGGCGAGGGCACCUGUUGAGCAUCUAAUUGGGCAGUUUGCAUCCGGAAUGACUGGCUUGCUCGGGAAGUUGGUUGAGGGGUGGACGUCUCUUAGUGGCUCUGACAGUGACGCGGUUGCGAGGCAGUUCACUUCGUUUGUCCCAGAACGGACACAUCGGCCAACUGGUUGCCGUGGCCGGUAUGACUACAACAGUUCCCAAGAGCUUGCUGACACACAAGAUGAACUAGAUGGAGACGCUGGUCUCAGCAAGGAUGACGACGACGACAUGGAGAACGCAGAAGAGGAAACCGAUGAUGAUGAACAUGCUGAAGUUCGUGCAGGUGCUAACAAGGGGAAGGAUGCACCAUAUGUCCCCCACCGGAGAGAGUCAAAGAACAUACCGCUGCGAGAGGCGAGGGGGUGUUGCCAUCAAAGAGGGGGAGGGCUCCAGAGGAUGUUGGACAUGGUUCUCCUGGCAAGAGGGUGA